AUGAAGAUCUACUAUAAAGAUGUUGACGCCAAGAAUGAAACGAGAUUUACGUUUGCUGACUUCAAGGACAAAGUGGGCAGAAUCGGCAGCGCGUUCACGCGGUUGGGGUUCAAGAAGGGGGACAUCGUGUGCAUGUACAGUUCGAACUCCCCCGAGUAUGCUUUAAUCGUGUUGGGGGUUCUCUCGGUAGGAGGAAUCAUCACCACUAGCAACCCUACAUACAGUGAGGUUGACGCCAAGACCGAUACGAGGUUUACGUUUGCUGACGUCAAGGACAAAGUGCGCAGAAUCGGCAGCGCGCUCACUCGGUUGGGUUUCAAGAAGGGGGAAGUAGUGUGCAUGUACAGUUCGAACUCCCCCGAGUAUGGUUUUAUCGUGUUGGGGGUUCUCUCGGUCGGAGGGGUCAUCACCACUAGCAACCCUACAUACACAACGGAUGAACUAAGUAAGCAACUCCAGAUUGUCAGACCACAGUAUUUAAUGGCUGCAUCAGAAACCGCAGAGAAAGCACUGCAAGCUGCUUCAGAAAAUGGAAUUAAGAAUGUUUACGUAUUCGGAAACGCCCCCGGAUGUAAGACAGUCGACGACUUGCUUCGAGACGACGGCUAUGCCUUUCCCAAUGGCGUAAAUAUCUCAACGCAAGAGGUCGCUAUCAUCCUCUUUUCCAGUGGCACGACAGGCCUACCUAAAGGCGUCAUGCUCACCCAUCGUAACAUAGUGGGGAAUCUUGUACAAAUGAAAGAUUUCUUGUCCUAUGGACGCCCGGGAGUCGACGGUUUUCUAGGAUUCGUGCCUUUCUUUCACGUCUUUGGACUGAUACUUAUUCUCUUUGGUGGUUUGAAAACCCGACAAAAAGUUGUUUGCAUGCAGAAAUUCGAUUUUGAAACAUUUCUUGCUUGCAUCGAAAAAUAUAAGAUCCGCUACCUACUAGUGGUUCCUCCCAUAGCCGUGAUGCUAACUAAACACCCACUGGUUGACAAAUACGACCUCUCCUGUGUCGAAGUAAUUAUGUCAGGGGCUGCACCAUUGGGCAAAGAUAUUGAACAGAAACUGGAAUCGCGUCUGAGGACAUGCAAAGUUGUACAAGGGUAUGGUGCGACAGAAGCCAGCCCGGCAUGUUCCUUGCCUCAAUCAGACGUGCGAACGUUUCGGUCCGGUUCUGUUGGUCUUUUGGUUGCAAGCACAGAGUGUAAGGUUUUAGACCCGCAGUCCGGAGAGGAACUCGGUCCAAACCAAGAUGGCGAACUUUGCUUCCGCGGAUGUCAAAUCUUCAAAGGCUACCUGAACAAUCCCGAAGCCACGGAUGCCGCCAUUGAUGAGGAGGGGUGGUUUCACAGCGGUGACAUCGGCCACUAUGACGAAGACCAAAACAUUUACGUCAUCGACAGAAUCAAAGAAUUUAUCAAAUACAAAGGGUUCCAGUUGGCACCAGCAGAGCUAGAGGGCUUGUUGUUAUCGCACCCUGCCGUAGCGGACGCUGCGGUAGUUGGACGUCCUGACGAAGACGCCGGAGAGCUGCCCAUGGCGUUCAUUGUCCUCAAACCGGGACAAAGAGCCACUGAAACGGAGAUUGCUAAUUUUUUAGCAGCUAAAGCUGCCCCCAUUAAGCGCCUUCGAGGCGGAGUUGAGAUUGUUGAGGAAAUUCCAAAGACUGCAAGUGGGAAAAUCCUGCGUAGAGUUCUACGCGAGGAAUUGCGAAAGAGGGCUCUGCGGGUGAAAAAAGCCAAGCUGUGA